GGACGAGAGGAAUUUAUGUCACCACGGUUAGAUCGUAUGUCAUUGGGUGGGCAUGUUAAAAGAUCCAAACGUUAUUUAAAAAACCAAAAAGGAUCGGUGGCAGAAGUUAGUAGGAAAGUCGCAAUUAGAACGGUGACACUGAACGAGCCAGAGCUUAAUUUACACGACGUGUCGCAACUGUUGGGACAUCAAUCAACGUUUAUUCGUGUCAUAAUGGGGUCAUAUAACAAGUUUUUUAUGAGAUUGUGAAAAAUGAGCAAGCUUUAUUAGGAAAAUCCGUUUCAUUUGAAUGAGAAAACAUGACGUUUUGCUUGUUAAUCGUGAAAAGAGGUUUAUCGAUAGUCAAGCAGUAGACGAUUAUAACGGUCAAAAGUCGUGUUUACGUUUUCCUCCUUGUUAGUUGGAAAUGAUUGGUGUUAUAUUGUUUGACAAUCACGACGAUUUACUCUAUGUUUACAGUGAUCAUGAAUUCAAAAAUAGAAUUCGCUGCGUAUCCAAUACCUUGGACAUGUGCGCUGUGCCCGGAGAGAUCGCACAAGACGAUGAUAUUCGGACGAGAUUGGAUGCAGAAUCCAUGAUCCUGAUGCAAAUCUUUUCUCCUCUGUUGACUUCUUACAGAAUAAUGAAUCAAGAGUUCCAGAAUUCAUAUGACUGCAUCACCUGUGAGGAUGGUUCCACAACAGCCUUUUAUGAACAGAUGGGGUUUCUGCUAAUUGCCGUGGCCAAAUCAACAGUCAAUGCAGCCCAUCUGGCUAGGGUUUCCUUCAGUGUCAUGCAACAUGUUUGUGGCCCAUCGUUAUCAGUGUUGAAACACUCAAAUACUCACUCAGAGCUUGCCACUCUUUUAAUAGAGACAUUUUUAAAAUUGAGACAAUCUAGUCAACCCAUUGUUACAGAGUCAUUACAUUAUGAACCCAUUUGUGAGGUUGUGAAUUCUUCAAUUUUAAGAGUCCUUCAAGUUGCAGUUUCUGAUUUGAGUGUACGUGGAGGAAUUCCAGAAAACCGAUCUCAUAUUCUAAUCAUAAAAGAAACCAGUAUUGUUGCCAUUUACUCAGGGAGAGGAACAUCAGAAUUAAGAAUUGAUGAAAUUCUGUUUCUGAUUAUUGUUGCCAAUGCCUUUGAUCACUCCAAAUCUUCUACUCGCCAUAGUCUCCUAAUUCUUGAAUCAUGUGUACCUUACACAAUUCACAUUCAACGAGUAGAAAAUGGCCUUGAUGUCAUCGUCUUAAUUGAGUGUGGAUUGCACCAGAUAGCCACCAGCCUGUUUGCAUUGUUGAAAAGCGUAUCCGCCUCACCCACGAAGGUCGACUUGAUUCCGAAACAAUUGAAAGAACUAAAAAAAAUGACCUACAAACCAAAUCAGCGGCAUCAGUGGUGUGAAUCAUUGAUCUGGAGACCCGAACAAAGUCAUAAUCAAUCGGCCAUGUCGGCAUUUUGUCGCCAAAUUCUUCGUGGAUAUGAAGCCGUGUGCCUCAAUCCAUCCUUACUUUAUGCAGCUGUUGAACUCGUUUCUCGUGUGAUUGACGACAUCCAAUUAAGUAUUCCUAUAGAGUCUCUGUCCCAACCAUGCAGACUCACGCCGCUGCUCAACAUCUAUCCCGGACUGGUGCAUUUCGUGCUUAUCGACAGAAAAAACCAUCGCAUGAUCUCCCCAAAUCUGCCGCUAGAACGGGACGAUUCUACGUUCGGAAAUAUGUGGAAAAUCUUUCAUACAUCUUUAGAAUGGUUAAACGAAGGAAUGCACAAUUUACUGUGGAAUGACAAGCAGCUGUGUUACUCGCACGCCAUCUGGAUCGAAGACGAAGCGAAUAAAAAAUUGCAGUGGAGACCUAAUUGGGACAUUCAAACCGGUACAUUUGGCUAUCCAUCCUUGAUAGAAAUUUAAUGAAAGGAGGGCUAGAAGACGAGGAAGCCGAUCCUACUCAUUACUUCCAGUUUUUCUGUAUACAUCUCGCUAUAACCAGCCCAAGUAUUAUUGUCGAGCAAUCAGAACGUUUGGCCAACUAUUUGAAACGAUUCAU